AUGGCCGAGCGUGCCACUUUUCAGGUGUGUCUGCUCAGCGGAGAGGCGGCAAGCAUCUCCAGCUCGCCCAAGACCACCUUGAAGCGGCUGCAGUCGCAGAUUUCUGGUGCCUUGCGCAGCAGCAAUACACCGCUGGAACUCAUCCAACAAGAUGUGGAUCCAGGCGUGCUGUCGCUUUCGACGCGUGCAGAGGAGAUUCACGGCUGCAGCGUGCUGGUGAUCUGUCAGGAUCAUCCAGAAUGGUGUCGGCAGAAGUGUUUCCGCAAACAGUCGCCUGAACUUGAUUGGGACGUGGAGUCGGAAAGAGCUGAGUGGCUUAUGCUUUUUCCGGAGGGGCGAUUCAUGUACUUUAAGCGAACACGCUUUUGGGAUAAGGAGGGUGCUCAUGAAACUGUGUGCAAGGAGGAGCUGCAAGGUGAAGGAUCAUGGUAUUGUACUCUACAAGGAUCAGACCCUGAAGAGGUAGUGGUGCUUGAUGGCCUUUCCGUUUUUCACCGCAUGUCUUCGAAGGGUGAGUGCAGUGCAACCCGUCGCAGAAUGAACAUGGCUUUUGCCAAGCCACAAUUGCUGAGCUAUGAAAUAUCGUCACUGGAUUGCGCAGAAGAAUGCUGGACCGCUAGAUUACCAGUGUAA